AUGCUUCCAAAAAAGUUUGGCAGGACAAUGCAUAUGGUUGGAGAGAAUGCUUAAAAUUAAGAAAGAAUAAAACAAUUAAUACUUGAUAACUUGAUUGGAGAAUAUGCUCAAAAUGAUUAAGUAAAUGCAAAUGUAUAUAUACAAAUGAAUUCUAGCUAAUUACAGCAUACACGGCAGACUUUUUUAUAUAAUACAAUUCAUUAAAUGCUAUAAGAAUUCUCAGGGAGGAGGUGAAGAAGGCUGUUCUCAAACCAAAAGAGGAAAAACUAAUGUUGAUUUAGAAAUUAAAUUAAAGAAUCAGAAGUAUUAUGUUUAGCAUUUUUAGAAGAACAAUAAGAACAUCAGAUGAAGAACAUUUUAACAUCUCAAUAGGAAAACAAUAUUUAGGAAAAAAGACACGAUACCAAUUAAUUGUCAGCAUAAAAAUAAUAAGCAAACUAAAUAAAAUUAAAGACUGAUUCAAUCAUUAAUGAUGAAAAGAGAAAAUCUAUAUAUAAAGUCGAUGGAUCAUUAGAUGAAUGGGGAGCUAUAAUAAAAUAUGAUACUUUGUAAUUUUAGAAAGAGGUUGAGCAAGAGAAGAAGAAAAAGAUUAUUCAUAAAUAAAAGAUUAAGGAGGAUUUAGAUAAGCAAAUAGCAGAAAAAGAAAAAGUAAAAUAAAAGGAUAAAUAAGACGAACUAUUAUAUUAUACAACAAGUCAAUAAUAAUUAAAGGAUUUUGAAAGAUUAUAAGAGCAGAGAAAUAAGUCAAGAAAAUUAGAGGAAAUGCAAGAAAAGAUGAUUAGAGAUCAAUAAGUUUAUUUUAAUAAAAAACAAAAGUAAAUAUUAAAUUUGAACUAGGAAAGAAUAAAAUAUAUAUGUAAAAUAGUAGGAAGAGGAAAUGCUUUUAAGAGUAAAAUAGGAGAUUAAGGCAGAGGAUUAAGUAAAUAAAAGAAAGAAGAUGGAACAAUUUGAAAAACUAUAAGUAAUAUUGAAAUAAAAUGAAAAUUUAAGAAUUAGAGUAAGAUUAUUAAUAUUCUUAGGCUAAAGAGGAGAUAAUUAAAAGCAAAGAGCAAGAACGAUAUUAACAAGAAAUGUUCAUGCUAAAGGAUGAAAUGUAGAAUUAAAGAAAGAGAAGAGAAAAAUAAGAUUAAAUUAAUUUAAAUAUUAACAAUUAUAGUUAGUAAGCAAUAAGAUUUAAGAGGAAUAAUUAGGAAUUAAAUGAAACUUUGGAUGAUUACUGGCCAAAUAAUAAAAAUGAGUAUGUAAAUUAUUAAAUUUCAGGAACAAAAUAAGCAAAAGGGAAAAAUAGUUUUAAUUGUCGAGUGAAUUAGAGAAAUAGGUAUUGGAGAAAAAAAGAAGAUAUACAUAAGAAGAAUCAGAAAAGAAAAUCAUCUUUGAAACCGAAUUACAAGAAUAAAGGGAUGUAUAAAAAUAAGAAUAAGAGAGGAGAAAUGUAUUGAAUGUUAUGAUUAUAGAAUAUAAGAUUGAUGUACUAAAAGAAUGCAGAAGAACUGAAGAAAUAAAUUGUAUACGGAUAGAAUGGUUCACCUCUCAAAAGUAAACAAAAUCCUUUUGAGAAGAUGGGAGAGCAAGAAUUAUUAUAGAAUAAAAAAAUACUAAAAAGGAUUGCAAAUGAUUCUUCAUUGGGCAUACAAGUGAAAAAGACCGAAAUAUCAAUUCCUGAAUGA